AUGUCGCUGCCGCCUUAUCUAUUGGGGCCCAACCCCUGGGCCACAAUGAUGGCGCAGCAGCAACUUGCAGCAGUACAGCAAGCUGCCUUGCAGGCUCAUGCCGCUGCCGCUGCAGCCGCGCCGCCGAUUCCUCCGGCGCAGCCACCCAAGCCUCACCAUAUUCCCGAGGAAAAGAUUAAGGAAAAAGCAUCAAAAUGGCUUCAACUUCAGUCAAAGCGGUUUGCGGAAAAGCGCAAAUUCGGCUUUGUGGAUGCUCAAAAAGAGGACAUGCCACCAGAACAUAUUCGCAAAAUUAUUCGGGACCAUGGUGACAUGACUAGUCGUAAAUACCGACAUGAUAAGAGAGUCUACCUGGGAGCUCUGAAAUACAUGCCCCAUGCUGUCAUGAAACUUUUAGAAAACAUGCCUAUGCCCUGGGAGCAGAUUCGUGAUGUUAAAGUCCUGUACCAUAUUACCGGCGCCAUUACGUUCGUCAAUGAAAUCCCAUGGGUUAUAGAACCAGUGUAUAUCGCGCAAUGGGGUACUAUGUGGAUUAUGAUGCGACGAGAAAAACGAGAUCGUCGCCACUUCAAAAGAAUGAGGUUCCCACCAUUUGAUGAUGAAGAACCGCCCUUAGAUUAUGCUGAUAACAUCUUAGAUGUGGAACCUCUAGAACCUAUUCAGAUAGAAUUAGAUCCAGAAGAAGAUGGCGCUGUUGCGUCCUGGUUCUAUGAUCACAAGCCGUUACUUGGCACAAUACAUGUCAAUGGAUCAACAUACAGAAAAUGGAACUUGUCACUGCCGCAAAUGGCAACACUGUAUCGUCUUGCUAACCAGCUGUUGACAGAUUUGGUUGACGACAAUUACUUUUAUCUCUUCGAUUCUAAGAGUUUUUUCACUGCAAAGGCUCUGAAUAUGGCAAUACCUGGAGGACCAAAAUUUGAACCUUUGGUUAAGGAUAAUUCAGCUGGAGAUGAGGACUGGAAUGAGUUUAAUGACAUAAACAAAAUAAUAAUUAGGCAGCCAAUAAGAACUGAAUACAGAAUUGCUUUUCCAUACCUGUAUAACAAUCUGCCUCAUUUUGUUCAACUUUCAUGGUACCACACUCCAAAUGUAGUGUACAUCAAAACUGAAGAUCCCGAUUUACCAGCAUUCUACUUUGAUCCCCUUAUAAAUCCUAUCUCACACAGACAUUCUGUGAAAUCAUUAGACCCUGUUCCUGAAGAAGAAGACUUUGUGUUGCCAGAAGAAGUAACGCCUUUCUUGCAAGAAACUGCUCUGUAUACAGACAAUACUGCUAAUGGUAUAGCUUUGUUAUGGGCUCCACGACCAUUCAGCAUGAGAUCUGGUCGUUGUCGCCGCGCCAUCGACGUGCCCUUGGUGAAGACGUGGUACAAGGAACACUGCCCUCCCGGUCAGCCUGUCAAAGUGCGCGUGUCGUAUCAGAAACUGCUCAAAUACUAUGUUCUGAAUGCGCUGAAGCACCGUCCUCCGAAGCCACAGAAAAAGAGGUAUUUGUUCCGUUCAUUCAAAUCGACCAAAUUCUUCCAAACCACAACUUUGGACUGGGUUGAAGCUGGUCUGCAAGUCUGCCGACAAGGUUACAAUAUGCUGAACCUGCUCAUCCAUAGAAAGAAUCUGAAUUAUCUCCAUUUGGAUUAUAACUUCAAUUUGAAGCCUGUGAAAACUUUGACCACGAAGGAGAGAAAGAAAUCUCGCUUUGGAAAUGCAUUCCAUUUGUGUCGUGAGAUCCUUCGUCUAACGAAACUCAUAGUGGACUCACACGUUCAAUACCGUCUCAACAAUGUGGACUCGUUCCAAUUGGCCGACGGUCUCCAGUACAUCUUCGCUCAUGUGGGCCAGCUAACAGGAAUGUACAGAUACAAGUACAAGCUAAUGAGGCAGAUCCGAAUGUGCAAGGAUUUGAAGCAUCUCAUAUACUAUCGGUUUAAUACUGGUCCGGUAUCAAAGGGUCCAGGUUGUGGAUUCUGGGCACCAGGCUGGCGGGUCUGGCUGUUCUUUAUGAGGGGUAUCACCCCAUUGCUGGAAAGGUGGCUCGGAAACUUGCUGUCCAGACAAUUCGAAGGGCGUCACUCAAAGGGUGUUGCCAAGACGGUGACGAAACAGCGUGUUGAGUCACACUUCGACCUGGAACUGCGUGCGUCCGUGAUGCACGACAUUGUGGACAUGAUGCCCGAAGGUAUCAAGCAGAACAAGGCCAGGACUAUCCUGCAGCAUCUCUCCGAAGCUUGGCGAUGCUGGAAGGCGAAUAUACCUUGGAAGGUGCCAGGUCUCCCCACGCCCAUAGAGAACAUGAUCCUCCGUUACGUCAAGAUGAAAGCGGAUUGGUGGACUAAUACUGCCCACUACAAUCGCGAGAGGAUACGUCGUGGUGCCACUGUCGACAAGACGGUUUGUAAGAAGAAUCUGGGAAGACUCACCAGGCUCUAUCUCAAGGCAGAACAGGAGAGACAGCAUAACUAUUUGAAGGAUGGUCCCUAUAUUUCUCCCGAAGAAGCUGUAGCCAUCUACACUACAACAGUUCACUGGCUGGAAUCCCGGCGCUUCGCCCCGAUCCCCUUCCCGCCACUCUCCUACAAACACGACACGAAGCUUCUGAUCUUGGCGUUAGAACGGCUAAAGGAAGCCUACAGCGUCAAGUCCAGGCUGAACCAGAGUCAAAGGGAGGAGUUGGGUCUGAUUGAACAGGCAUAUGAUAAUCCUCACGAAGCGCUAUCGAGAAUCAAACGUCAUUUGCUUACUCAGAGGACCUUUAGAGAGGUCGGUAUAGAGUUCAUGGACCUUUACUCGCACCUAGUGCCAGUUUACGACGUGGAACCUUUGGAGAAAAUAACCGAUGCCUAUCUCGACCAGUACCUCUGGUAUGAAGCGGAUAAGCGUAGACUUCUUCCGCCCUGGGUCAAACCGGCUGAUACCGAACCUUCGCCGCUACUCGUGUAUAAGUGGUGCCAAGGUAUCAACAACCUACAAGACGUGUGGGAGGUCGGUGAGGGAGAAUGCAACGUGCUGUUGGAGUCGCGCUUCGAAAAGCUCUACGAGAAGAUAGAUUUGACCCUCCUGAACAGAUUGCUGCGUCUUAUCGUCGACCAUAACAUAGCUGAUUACAUGACAGCGAAGAACAACGUCGUCAUUAAUUAUAAGGACAUGAACCACACAAACUCGUACGGGAUAAUACGCGGUCUCCAAUUCGCGUCCUUCAUAGUGCAGUACUAUGGUCUAGUGCUGGAUCUGCUGGUGCUUGGUCUGCAGAGGGCCAGCGAAAUGGCCGGGCCACCACAGCUGCCGAACGACUUCUUGGCUUAUCAGGACAGACCUGUGGAGACUGCGCACCCUAUACGACUCUAUUGCAGAUAUGUUGACAGGAUUCAUAUAUUCUUUAGGUUCUCAGCGGAAGAGGCGCGUGACUUAAUCCAAAGGUAUCUGACGGAACAUCCCGAUCCCAACAACGAGAAUAUAGUCGGGUACAACAACAAGAAAUGCUGGCCGCGGGACGCCAGGAUGCGGCUUAUGAAGCACGACGUCAAUUUGGGUCGAGCGGUCUUUUGGGACAUAAAGAAUCGUCUACCGCGUUCAGUGACCACCAUUCAAUGGGAGAACAGCUUCGUCUCCGUCUACUCUAAGGACAAUCCCAAUCUGCUAUUCAAUAUGGCCGGCUUUGAAUGUCGGAUAUUGCCAAAGUGCCGUAGUCAAAACGAAGAACUAUCACAUCGCGAUGGUGUAUGGAACUUACAAAACGAAGUGACCAAGGAGCGGACGGCUCAGUGCUAUCUCCGGGUAGACGACGAAUCAUUGGCAAGAUUCCACAAUAGAGUGCGACAGAUCCUCAUGGCAUCCGGUUCCACUACGUUCACCAAGAUCGUCAACAAGUGGAACACGGCCCUUAUUGGUCUAAUGACGUACUUCCGUGAAGCCGUAGUAAACACACAAGAGCUCCUAGACCUACUUGUUAAGUGUGAGAACAAAAUCCAGACGCGUAUCAAGAUCGGUCUUAACUCCAAAAUGCCUUCCCGUUUCCCACCCGUUGUUUUCUAUACGCCCAAGGAGUUGGGAGGUUUGGGAAUGUUGUCUAUGGGUCACGUUUUGAUUCCACAGUCCGAUUUACGUUGGUCCAAACAAACAGACGUCGGUAUCACUCACUUCCGUUCCGGUAUGUCGCACGACGAAGACCAACUGAUCCCCAAUCUGUACCGGUACAUUCAGCCGUGGGAGGCCGAAUUUGUCGACUCCCAGCGAGUCUGGGCUGAGUAUGCCCUCAAGAGACAAGAAGCGAACGCUCAGAAUAGGCGUCUUACGCUUGAGGAUUUAGAAGAUUCAUGGGAUAGAGGCAUUCCGAGAAUCAACACCCUCUUCCAGAAAGAUAGGCAUACACUUGCGUAUGACAAGGGAUGGCGUAUACGAACAGAGUUCAAACAAUACCAGGUGUUGAAGCAGAAUCCGUUCUGGUGGACACAUCAGCGCCACGACGGUAAACUAUGGAACUUGAACAACUAUAGGACAGAUAUGAUCCAAGCGCUCGGUGGUGUCGAGGGUAUAUUGGAGCACACUCUCUUCAAGGGUACUUACUUCCCGACUUGGGAGGGUUUGUUCUGGGAAAAGGCAUCCGGUUUCGAAGAGUCGAUGAAGUACAAGAAGUUGACCAACGCCCAGCGUUCCGGUUUGAACCAGAUUCCUAAUCGUCGUUUCACACUUUGGUGGUCGCCGACAAUCAACAGGGCCAAUGUAUACGUCGGUUUUCAGGUACAACUGGAUCUGACUGGUAUAUUCAUGCACGGAAAAAUCCCCACACUCAAGAUCUCGCUCAUCCAGAUAUUCCGUGCUCACUUGUGGCAGAAGGUCCACGAGUCUAUUGUCAUGGACUUGUGUCAAGUGUUCGACCAAGAGUUAGAUGCGCUGGAAAUUGAAACGGUGCAAAAGGAGACCAUUCAUCCGAGGAAGUCUUACAAGAUGAACUCUUCUUGCGCCGAUAUCCUUCUCUUCUCUGCUUACAAGUGGAACGUUUCAAGACCUUCUCUUCUCGCCGAUACCAAAGACACAAUGGACAACACAACGACGCAGAAGUACUGGCUGGACAUACAACUGCGUUGGGGUGAUUACGACUCGCACGACAUUGAGCGAUACGCGCGUGCCAAAUUCCUCGACUACACCACCGACAACAUGUCCAUUUACCCUUCGCCCACUGGUCUGCUUAUCGCCAUCGACUUGGCUUACAAUCUGCACAGUGCCUACGGCAAUUGGUUCCCUGGUUGCAAACCCCUCAUCCAACAAGCCAUGGCCAAGAUAAUGAAGGCGAACCCCGCUCUGUACGUGUUGAGGGAGAGAAUACGUAAAGCGCUUCAAUUGUACUCUUCGGAACCAACUGAGCCUUACCUCUCCAGUCAAAACUAUGGAGAGUUGUUCUCCAAUCAGAUUAUUUGGUUCGUAGAUGACACCAACGUAUACAGAGUAACGAUCCACAAGACCUUUGAAGGAAACUUAACAACGAAACCGAUUAACGGAGCCAUCUUCAUCUUCAACCCUCGAACCGGACAGCUCUUCCUCAAGAUCAUUCACACCAGCGUCUGGGCGGGACAGAAGCGUCUUGGACAACUCGCCAAAUGGAAGACGGCUGAAGAAGUAGCUGCCUUGAUUCGUUCUCUUCCAGUGGAAGAACAACCGAAACAAAUUAUUGUCACCCGUAAGGGAAUGUUGGAUCCCCUUGAGGUGCACUUGCUAGAUUUCCCCAACAUCGUGAUUAAGGGUUCAGAACUCCAGCUGCCCUUCCAGGCCUGUCUCAAGGUGGAGAAGUUUGGUGACCUCAUCCUGAAAGCCACGGAACCGCAGAUGGUGCUCUUCAACUUGUACGAUGAUUGGUUGAAAACUAUUUCAUCAUAUACUGCUUUCAGUCGACUGAUUCUGAUCUUGCGAGCUCUCCACGUCAAUACGGAACGUACGAAGGUCCUCCUUAAGCCGGAUAAGACUACCCUCACGGAACCGCACCAUAUUUGGCCCACGCUCACUGAUGACGACUGGAUCAAGGUGGAAGUUCAGCUUAAGGAUCUCAUUUUGGCUGAUUAUGGAAAGAAAAAUAACGUCAACGUUGCGUCUCUCACACAAUCCGAGAUCCGCGAUAUCAUUCUCGGAAUGGAGAUAUCAGCGCCAUCAGCCCAGAGGCAGCAGAUCGCGGAAAUUGAGAAGCAGAGUAAGGAGCAGAGUCAGUUAACUGCGACUACUACACGAACGGUCAACAAACACGGAGACGAGAUUAUCACAUCCACGACAAGUAACUACGAGUCACAGACAUUUAGUUCUAAAACGGAAUGGCGUGUACGAGCGAUAUCAGCGACAAACUUACAUCUGCGUACGAACCACAUCUACGUAAGCUCAGACGAUAUCAAGGAGAGCGGCUACACCUAUAUUCUGCCUAAGAAUUUGCUCAAGAAGUUUGUCACCAUCUCGGAUUUGAGAGCACAGAUCGCAUGCUAUCUAUACGGUACUUCACCACCCGAUAACCCGCAAGUUCGUGAAGUGCACUGCGCUGUAUUGCCACCCCAAUGGGGCACUCAUCAGACGGUCCACUUACCCAAACACCUGCCGAAGCAUCCUGCGCUUGCGCAUCUACAACCGCUUGGGUGGAUGCACACUCAACCGAAUGAGUUGCCACAACUUUCGCCCCAGGAUAUCAGUACACACGCAAAAGUAAUGGCUGAUAACCCGUCGUGGGACGGCGAGAAAACCAUCAUCAUUACUUGCUCAUUUACGCCUGGGUCCUGCUCACUAACAGCCUAUAAACUUACACCCAGUGGUUAUGAGUGGGGUGUAAAGAACACCGAUAGGGGGAACAACCCCAAAGGUUAUCUGCCCAGUCAUUACGAGAAGGUGCAAAUGCUGUUGUCAGAUAGAUUCCUUGGUUACUUCAUGGUCCCAUCCCAAGGAAGCUGGAAUUACAACUUUAUGGGUGUUCGUCACGACCCCAAUAUGAAGUAUGGCGUACAACUAGGCAACCCUCGCGAGUUUUACCACGAAGUCCAUAGGCCUGCCCAUUUCAUGAACUUCGCCGCUAUGGAGGAUGCCACAGCACCGACCCUCGCUGCCGAUAGAGAGGACCAUUAUGCUUAG